GGGAGAGGGAAGGAGGGAGACAGACAGAGAGACUGCAGGAGCAGGAGGAUAGGGGAGGAAAGAGAGGAACAGGUUUCAGAGUCGGAGAGUUUGGCCCCGUUUUGUCCAGUGGAGCCCUCAGGAGCCCAGCGCAGAUCUUCAGAUCUUUCGGUGGUCAGAGAUCUGUUCAGACUGAGUUUCUGAGAGCAGGGAGUGAGGAUGGCGGGACGGUUGUUGGUGGUGUGUGUGCUGGGGACUCUGUUGUGUCAGGUAUGGAGCUCUGCAGAACCUCACCGCAGUGAUGAAGAGCUGCUUCCUCAGGCCCUUCACCCAUGGAGAAGUCAAGGAAAGGGGAUGGUCAGAGUGAAGAGGGACUGGAUCAUCCCUCCAAUCAGGGUGUCAGAGAACAGCAAGCAGGUUCCAGAAGACCUUGUGCAGAUCAAAUCAGACAAAAUCUUUACAGGUGAGGUGAUUUACAAGCUAGAGGGACCGGGAGUGGACCAGGAGCCCAAGAAUCUGUUUGAGAUUGAUGAUAAAACAGGAGUAAUCCGGAGCAAGCGACCACUGGACCGAGAGAAGCACAACAGCUUCACGCUGAAAGCCUUUGCGCUGUCUCCCAGUGGAGAGAGACUGGAGAAUCCAACCACCAUAGAGAUCGUGGUGCUGGAUCAGAACGACAACAGACCUGCCUUCGCUCAGAGCCAGUUUGUUGGUACUGUCUCUGAGUUCUCAGUCCCAGGUACGUCGGUGAUGUCAGUAUUAGCCACAGAUGCAGACGACCCGAUGACAGAAAACGCUGCUCUGAGCUACUCUAUCAUUGGCCAGGAGAGCAUUCCUGCCAACGCUGUUACCAAGACUAUGUUUGGUAUCAACAACCAGACAGGCGCCAUUUACACAAGAGAUGUUGGCCUGGACAGGGAGGUGGUGAAAGGUUUCAGAUUGAAACUACAAGUUGCAGAUAUGGGGGGCAUGGGAUUAACAAGUGAAGGUGUGGCAAUCAUACACGUAUCUGAUAUCAACAACCACGCACCACAGUUCAGCCCUGCAUCGUACAGCAUGACAGCGGUGGAGAACAGAUACGACUAUGAGAUUGGUCGAGUGAACGUGACAGACAGAGAUGAUGAAGGGACAAGAAACUGGGAGGCCCAAUACUCCAUUUCCAAUAACGCUGAUGGCCACUUUUCCAUCAGUACGGAUCCAACCACCAACCAGGGGAUCCUGACAGUGGUGAAGCCUCUGGAUUACGAAGCACAGAGUGAGCACAUCUUGACUUUGACUGUGGAAAAUCUCAGUCCUCUGAGCAACAAGGCUCCCAACCUGCCACUGAGCACCGCCAAGGUGGUGGUCACUGUAGUGAACGAGAACGAAGCUCCACAUUUCAGAGAGGAGCCCAUACAGAUCGUGGUCCUCGAGUCUGUGCUUCCCGGGACGCUACUGAAGAGCAACUUUGCCUUUGACCCUGAUAAUUCUGACCUGAGAUACGAGAUUAUCAGAGAUCCUGAGAGGUGGCUGGAGAUCAACAGAGAUACAGGAGACAUUACAGCGAGGAGAAGCUUUAACAUGAGAUCUCCGCAUGUUAAAAACAAUAUCUACACUGCAGUUGUCAAGGUUACAGAUGCUGGUGGUGUAUCAGCCACAGCCACAGUGGCCAUCACACUGAAGGAGACCAAUGACUUCCCCCCUCAGCUCUUCCCUCUGAGUGGUUCUGUAUGCAAAGGUUCCAGCAGUUCUGGUCUGGUUCUGACCGCUGUGGAUGAAGAUCUCCCUCCACAGGCUGCACCUUUCUUCUUUGAGAUACCUGAUGAUUUAUCAGUCAACUGGACUGUUGUUCAAGUCAACAGUACUCAUUCAGUGCUUCAGCCCGUUGUAGAGCUGGAAGCUGGAGAAUAUGCCGUCACAGUGCUGGUGUCAGACUCUGGCAGUCCAGCUUUGGGUGCUUAUGCUCAGGUCAAUGUCACUGUGUGUUCCUGUGACUCCUUUGGAGACUGUAAAUCAGUGGCUGGGACUCUCUUAGGCUCUAGCGUGGGAAUCAACUUCCUCGCUCUCAUCAUCAUCAUGGCCAGUAUUGCACUCCUACUGUUGCUGCUCCUGCUGGCUGUGGCUUUGACCUCCUGUGGGAGACGCCACCAUAUCAAGAAAGGAACAGGUCUGCUUGUUGGAGAAUCAGAAGACGACAUACGAGACAAUGUGUUCAACUACGAUGAGCAGGGAGGGGGUGAGGAGGACGAGAAUGCCUUUAACAUCGACCUGCUGUGGAAUCCCCAUGAUGCACCUUCGACCCCGGGGUCCUUCUACCCGGGGUCUGGUAUCCCGCGAGGCAAGCAGCCCCUCAGGAAGGAUGCCCCACAUAACCUGCCCUCCCCGACCUACCCACGGAGGCCUCCUGCAGAUCCCACUGACAUCGAGGACUACAUCAAUGACGGCCUCGAGGCUGCAGACAACGAUCCUAACGUGCCUCCGUACGACACAGCGCUGAUCUACGACUACGAGGGAGAAGGCUCACUGGCAGGCAGCCUCAGCUCCAUCGCUUCAGGCAGCUCUGAUGAAGAUCAGGACUACGACUACCUCAACGACUGGGGACCACGUUUUCAGAAACUGGCCAACAUGUACGACCCACGUUAAGGGUUGGCAGCACCGCACAGAAAGAAGACCUGUGUGAUUCACCAGUAGUUAGGGACACCGAACAUGCCUCUGGUGUUUUUAUGGACACGUAUGAAAAGAUUUUAGUCCAGGACAAGAUUUGAAGUGUGCCAAGGAAAAAUAAAUGCUAUGCAAAACUAUGGGCCUUAAAUCUAAUGUGCCUUUUAUUGAGGAUCAUUUGGACACAACUGACAAAAUGGCUCACUGCAAAGUUUUGUGGUUAGCUCAGGAAAAGGAAGAGACAAGAAAACUGUGUGUUCCUAUGAACAGCCAUGAGGAAAAGAAGUGUGCAUGCUACAAGGCAGAACGUGUGUUGAAAAGCGUGCCCGAGUCUGCCGUCGUUGUUUCUCUUCAGACCUGGAGGCUAAGUAAUGAUGCAUACAAGCCUGAGAUACUGAAAAACAUAUUUUAAAUGCAUUUCUUUUUUAUAUAAGGCGUUAUUAUUAUUUUAUAAGAUGAAUUUGCUUUGAUGUUCAUUUUGUUUGUUUUUGAUCACAAAUCCUCCAUUCCAGCAUCCGUUGAUCUUUCUGGAAGUCGUCUCAGCACAAAUCAUCCUGUACCACCCAAUAUUCUGCAGUCAUCGUAUUUGAAGGUGAAGUCUUGUAUUUUUUUUUAUAUGUUCAUUGAAUUUAGAUUUUACUAGCAUCUACAGAAUAAAUGGAAAUCUUUUA